GUGAUAUCUACCUCUCUGCGUCUCGAAUAACGACUGUUGGACUGAUAUCCUGCAAUCAUGGCGGACGAUCUAGCAGCAGAGUAUGAUCUGCUCCCAAAGAUGAUUCCAAACCUCGACCGACACCUCAUCUACCCGCUCCUCCAAUUUAUAGCCGGCCCUGAGGAUGAGCAAACAACAGAAAUGAAGCAGAUGCGCUUCAACCUCCUGAAGGCGACGAAUAUGAUCGACUAUGUGGGACAACUCGAUGCCGAGGUCAACAACCUACCGCAAGUGCCUGCAGAGUACACAAAGAAAAGGGAGCAAAUAUUGAAGAAGCGGGAUGAAUUAGAGGCUGCGACGGAAAGGAUCAGCGAACUUUUGAAUGACGAGGCGGUGGUAAACAAUCUUAGGAGUGAUAAGGUGGCCAACAUGAGCUACCUGAAGGAGAAUCACCAGGUCACGGAAGAGAUGGUUAACAGUCUGUACGAAUACGGCAACUUCCAGUACACGUGCGGAAGUUAUGGUGAUGCAUCCGAGCUGCUGUACCGCUUUCGCGUUCUGUCCACCGACAACGACAAAGUAGGCGAGGCAACUUGGGGCAAGCUAGCGUCUGAGAUUCUCUCCGUACAAUGGGAACCCGCCAUGGAAGAGAUCCAGAAAGUCAAAGAGAACAUCGACACGCGCCUCUUCAACGCACCACUAGACCAACUCAAGCACCGCACAUGGCUGAUCCACUGGUCACUCUUCCCCUUCUUCAACUACGAGCCCGCGCGCGACGUGCUCACCGACCUCUUCUUCUCACAACCCUUCAUCAACACCAUCCAGACCUCCUGCCCGUGGAUCCUACGCUAUCUCGCCGCAGCCGUCAUCACGAACCGCCAGCGCAGCCGCAACUCGAACCAGUACCAGAAGCAACUCAAGGACCUGGUGCGCAUCGUCAAGCAGGAAGGCUACGAGUACGCCGACCCGCUCACCGACUUCGUCCGCGCCCUCUACAUCGAUUUCGACUUUGAAGAGGCGCAGAAGAAGCUCGGCGAGGCCGAGGAGGUGCUGAAGAACGACUUCUUCCUCGUCGCAACGGCCGAGUCGUUCGUCGACAGCGCCCGCCACCUGAUCUCCGAGUCAUACUGCAAGAUCCACCAACGCAUUGAUAUCAAGGACCUCUCCACCCGCCUCGGCCUCUCCCAAGACGAAGGCGAGAAAUGGAUCGUCAACCUGAUCCGCGACACACGCGUCGACGCCAAGAUCGACUACCAGCAAGGCACCGUCGUCAUGAACCACCCGCCGCAGUCCGUCUACCAGCAGGUCAUUGAGCGCACAAAGGGCGGCUUCUUCCGCACACAGGUGCUGAGCGCCGCCGUGGCCAAGUGAGCAUGCGCGCGCGCGCGUGUUGUCUGUCUUAUGUGCGAGGGGUCUGGGUUCCUAUUUUGUUUUUCUUCUUCUUCCUCUUUCUUCGUUGCUCUUGCUGUCUCAGUCUUUUCGGCCAGGAGGACAUAGAGCGAGAGAUGAGGAGAGAAGGGCUGCCGCUUGUGGGGAAGGAAGGGGGAAAGUGAUAAGAGAAAGCGUGCAAGCGAGCUAGCUCGAGUCGGGCACUGGCAAACGGUCAUAUUUACAUCUACACGGAAAGCAGUAUACGUGUCUGUCCACGUGCAGUGGACCGAUCACGUAGGAACGAGAUAGGGAACCCGAAAGAUCAGCGACGCAGAGACGACGAAAAAAAAAAAACAGAAGACAUA